AUGGCGUUCUCGCGCACAACUGUUGCAGUUCUGUCCCAGCUGCUUCUUGCAAGAGCUUUCGACCAGGCCAUCGUCAGCAGCUUCGCUCCGUACCCGGGUUAUGGAGGAGACUUGGCCGUAGAGGGCGUCAUGUCGGUCAUCUCCACCAACGACACCCAAACCCUGUCUUGGAUGCUCUCUGGUGGGGACCCUCGCUGUAACGAGACCUGCACCGCGGCGAACUGCUGUGGCGUUCACAUCCAUGUGGGCAAGACCUGUUCGGUUGCCAGCGACGUCCUAGGGCACUACUGGACCACUGGUGGCACAGAUCCUUGGCUGACGGUGAUGUACAACACCACCAGCAUGCCUAGCCUCGAGACUGGUCUCGCCGUGGUCACAGGAGCAUCUGGCGAGGAUGUCUCUGGGCGUGCGAUGGUGAUCCAUGACUUCGACGGAGGUCGAAUUGCUUGUGGAAUCAUCGCGAAUGCCUCUGUUGGUGGAUUUGAGGCAUAUCCCGGCUACGUCGGCAACCUUGCCACGGCAGGAGUGAUGCAGGUGUAUUCCAAGGAUGUCACCCAGAGUCUGACCUGGAUCCUUACAGCUGGCCUGGACACACGCUGCAGCGCCGCCUGCACUGCUGCCAACUGCUGCGGAGUCCACAUCCACGUGGGAACAAACUGCUCUGACGCGGCCACGAUCGGGGGCCACCACUGGAACUCGACUUUCGUUGCCGCAGACCCAUGGGCCAUGAUCAUGUACAACACGUCGCACAUGCCUUCUGUGAUGUCCGACGUGAUGGUGGAGACGGGCUACAUGGAGGCGAACAUCGAAGGCCACACCAUGGUCAUCCACGACUUCACCGGUGCACGAAUUGCUUGCUCCCACAUCACGGAAGUCUUGGACGGGAUGUGGACCGUCAGCACCACCACCACCACGACCGGCGGGGCAGGCACGUCCGACAUCUCCUUCGCCCACGCCGGCAAGGUCGGCGUUGCAUUCGGAGCGCUGGUGUCUAGCCUGGCUGUAGCGUAA